AUGGCCUCCGCAAAGGAUGAAAAUUGCAUAAGUCCAUAUAGGAGACUUCUCCUAGAAAUGUCGAUGGAACUGUCUAACAAAGAUCUGGAGCGGUUGAUGUAUGCUGUAGGGGAUCGUCUUCCCAGGAGAUUGACAGAAAACAUAGAAAGCGGACUGAAGUUAUUUGAAGCACUCGAACAAGAUGUACACAUUGGUCCACAGAAUCUGACUUUGCUAUAUGAUGGGUUUAAAGCGAUCGGCAGAGUGGAUCUUGCGCAAAGCAUUCAGGUUUUUUCAAGAAAACUCCACAAAGCUGAUGAUAAUCCGGAUGAGACUGACGGUAAUUCUGUAUAAGGUGUAUCUUGUAGAGAAAAAUAUUACUCACUCGUUGUCGCAUCGGUCGCAAACGUCAGUCUUUCGAUCCGAGUUUCUAAGAAAAAAAAAACAAAUAAGUGUUUUGAUGCAAAUCUGGAAACUUACUCGAAUUGCUUUAUUUAAUAUUUACAAACAACAGGAAUAUCUGAAUAAAAAAUAUCGUUUACCCGUAAAAGUAUUUUAAUACUUAAAAGUUCGAUCUGAAUUCGACAACGCGGUAAUCAAGUUGCAACAUAAGCAUCUUAGAAUACUUCGCCUUACAGAGUUCUGCACACCUCGCUUUUUAAUUCCCAAACCUAAAUUUUUUUAAGCCAUAAAUUACUACUAAAAUAUUAAGAAAGUGAGUUCAGGUAAAAUUAUUUAGACACAGGAAAUUUUUUUAUAUUUGUUACGAUUUUGUCUUAACUAGAUGGGCAAGGUGACAUGGUUCCUGACGGGGUAGGGGACGGUAGUGAUCCGGAACCAAAAGGAAGUGAUCUUGCUGACAAUGGUGCCCGAAAAGGUACAGAUACGAAUAAACUUAGUGAACUGGUCCAUUCUGAGUAUUGCUCAAUAAUAAAGAACUUUUUUCCUAAUCUUAUUUUAAGUUUUAACCCAACAAUUUUCUCCAGUGGAAACCUUAAAACCUGGCGAUUUGAGCUCUUAAUUAACCCAAGUUCUCCCCCCUCUCCCUCCCACCCAACUCGGCCCUAGAUCAGGAAAAAAGGAAUCACGUGGGGUAUAACAUCAUGCUAGCAACGUAUCAAGAAAAGCGGAUCGGCCUAAAGUUGAGCAGGCUUUGUUUAAUGAAUAGGAUCUUUUCUUCCAACUUAACAGCUGUAGCCGACGAACACGUCAUGACAUUUCGAUCUGUAGUUGAUCAGCAACAUCUUGCGAAUCCUAGAAGUACUUCAACAGGGUUAAGUGGCGGUAAUGCGGAUGGCCGUACAGCUGAACAUCUUGUUGCUGUCAGAAGUGAUCCUUCGCUAACUGUUACAAAUAAUGGUGAGAACCUGAAAAGGGAAGGAAAUUGACAGAAAUACUUUAGGAAUGUGGACAACAAGUGAACUACUUAUAAAACUUUAUGCGUCACUGUUGCUUUGUGAACGUUUAAAUAUAUGCUUUGAGCAGUUUAACUGAUCUUUGGAUAGCAAAUUAAUUGAAGCAGUUUCCAAUUGAGUGUUAAGACUAAUCCGAGAUUUCUUUGCUUUUGCUUAUCUUUGCUUAGAGAUUGGUCAAGAAAUCUCGAACCACUUUCUGAAACAAUCAUGCAGAUUCGAAACUAAAACCGAUUCUCGCGUUUGAGGCAGUUUCUCUUUUUCACUAGGAGUUUUCACUGGCUAUUUCUGAUGAUUUCCUUUGUUCUGAUUGGCUAUAUCUGAUGUUUUCCUUUGUUCUGAUUGGCUGUUGUCAUCAAUGUGGUUUGUGUGUGAAAUCUCUUUCCUUCUUUAAAUUUCAGGCUCCUCUUUAGAAUCCGCGCGGGGACCCUGUCCUGCACCUUCUCGGGAUUUCGUCCUUGGAUCGUCUGCUCGACUCCAGCCUGAUCCAGCUGCAGGACCUGCACCUGCUCGAUACGUGAACUUUCUGGUUCACGAGGGCUACGUAGUGGAAAUCCUUGGAGGAAAACACUAUAAGACCCCUGAUGGAGAAUUUGUAGAGAUGAAGAGUGGGACGCAAUAUAAAAUACACGUCAAAAAUUCUCAUGCUUAUGGUAAAAGUCAUACAUAUUACUGUUUCAAAAACACUUUUCAACUUUGUCACCAUGUCAAAUUGGGGUGAAAACACACUGUUAAGUUUCAAUGGACUCCUGUUACUGACUGCGCUACCACGUUCUUGUUGACAAGAACUUCACCCCUACCCUGAUGAACGGACCUGCACCGGUCCCCAUCCAAAAAAGGGUGACUCUUUAUUUUCGCUGGUGCAUGGGGAACACCUCACUGUACUUGAAAACUGGUCAUUUGCUUAGAGGUCAAGGGAGGUUAUAAGCGUCUACCAAUUAUACAAUUUCUUUCUCACUUUUCAUUGAGUCCCUUUCGUUUCUUUUUGCAUGGAAGACUGAAUUCGUCAAUACUCUAUGAUGAAGAUCUCGAUUUUAUACCUUUUAUGACCACUUACGCCUUUUUUCCAGGUUGCCAUGUCGACAUAUCUAUUGAUGGUUAUGACGUAGGGGGAUGGGCUCUCCGCCGUGGAGAAGAGAUGUCAAUAGAAAGACCAGCUUAUGAGGCCAAGAAGUUCACCUUCUACCGAGUGAAAACUGCACCGAAAGAGGCAGGAAUUGAAUCUGGCCGGCCCGAAAAUGGAGUUGUUAAGUGCGUGUUCAUACCUGAAGCUUUUGUUAACAUUCCAGUGAUCACCUCUGACUCGUCUCAGCCUUUGAAUGUGAGCAUGCCUCCAUCGGCGACAGUUGGUGAUUUGAAACGUAAAUUGCAGCACCAGAUGGGAGUUAUGGAUGACCCCUAUCAAGUUCUGGCUAAAAGCGACAAGGUCCUAUCAAAUGGUACACGACUACGGUAAGAAAUAUAAAGCCUACAAGCCUGCAGGAUGAUCCUUUGGAUUGCGGACUAGUAAAGGAUAAAAUCUUGUCAAUUUUCCCUUUUUUUUUCCAUCAGAGAUAUAAUUGAGAAACCCAUGGAUUUGAGACUAAUAGAUGCAGAAAUAUCAAUUACAGUAACAGCCGAGGCGUGUUCCAAUUGUCCUUUUCCAAUAAAGGUGCAUCCCGGCAAGGUAAAGGUCCAUUAUCUCAUGGAACAGAUAGAAGGGAAGAUUCAAGUCCCAAUCAGGGAUCAAAAGCUUUACCAUGAGGGAAACCUCUUGUCAGCCGCACCAAGUAGCUAUCUUCCUGAUAAACUUAUCUGCAGUCCACGUCCGGCUGUGAAUGUCAUUAUCCCCGAGUACAUUCACAUAACUGUAGAAGAUCAGAGUGGCCACUCACACUCCGUGAAAGUGGACAAAGAAAAGAACUUAAAGGCGGUCAUAGAAGAAAUUACCUUGUGCUGUAACCUGCAGGAAAACGAAGAGGCUACGUUUACUUUCAAUGGAAAGCACCUCUGCCCUUCUAAAGACAAAGGAACCUUAUCAAGCCUUGGUAUUUGCUCUGGAUCGAAGCUUGAGUUGACAGUGAGGAUUCUUUACAUCGAAGUCAAAGUUUUCUCCUCCGAUAACUCUUCAUCAGCCAGUGUGAAGUGUGAUCCCCAAGAAACAUUCCGGGAUUUGGUUACAAAGAUCUUUAAAACGGCGCAACAGAAGAAAGUGCAGGGUUACAUUUGUAAUAGAUGGACGAGAGUUUGAUCCGAAUCAAGACAAGGGUCCGUUACAAGGUAUAUUUUAUUCCUCAAAGUUAAUCUAUCACUAA